ACAUCCCGCUAUUGCAGCCAGAAAACAGAAAUUAGAGUAGAGAAGAGAAAAAUAUUGCUAUCUUGCAGCUUACAGGGUCCUCCUGAAAUCCUUAUCAAGGUGUAAUUUACAUUCAGUGCAUUUUGUAAAAUUUUCUCUGGUCCGUGCUUUAGUUUUAAGCAGGUCCAGGCCAGAUGUUGAACGCCUGCUAGUAAAUUGUUUGCUGUGUAGCUUAUUCCCUCUGUAGGGUAGGCUAAGUUAGUUGUUAGCCUAAACGGUUUCACCCUGUUAGUAGCAGUGUUGAAAACAUUCAUCAUUGGAUCAAUAUGCCUGGAAAAGUGAAGGUAAAAAUCCUUGCUGGAAGGAAUCUUCCGGUAAUGGACAGAUCUAGUGAUACUACUGAUGCCUAUGUUGAAAUUAAAUUAGGAAAUACCACUUAUAAGACUGAUGUUUGCCGCAAGUCUCUGAAUCCUCAAUGGAACUCCGAAUGGUAUAAAUUUGAGAUGGAUGAUGCUGAGCUGCAGGAUGAGCCAUUACAAAUCCGUUUGAUGGAUCAUGAUACUUACUCAGCCAAUGAUUCAAUUGGAAAGGUCUAUCUUAAUUUGAAUCCUCUAUUAUUGCCGCCCUCAAGUGAUAGUGGACCACCUACAAAUCCAAAGCCUGGAGGUUCAACAAUGUCCGGCUGGCUACCGGUUUAUGAUACCAUGCAUGGAAUUCGAGGUGAAGUGAAUGUUGUCGUCAAGGUGGAACUAUUCUCUGAUUUCAACAAAUUUCGACAAUCGUCCUGUGGAGUGCAGUUCUUCUUUUCUGAAACGGUGCCUUAUGGAUUCGACGUGUCGACCAUCCAUGGUCUUGUAGAGGAGCUGAUAGUUGCUGGUGACCCUGAGUACCAGUGGAUCGAGAAGAUCCGAGCACCACGAGUCACCAACGAGUCUCGACAGACACUUUUCGCCAAACUGUCCGGCGAAGUGCAGCGCAAAAUCGGCCUCAAAGUUUUGGAUCUCGGAGCGAAUGCUGUGAUCGGCUACAAGCAAUGCUUCGACCUUGAAGGUGAAUCUGGAAUAGUUGUGCGAGGUCUUGGUACAGCUGUGACUUUGGCCAAGGGACCUUCCCUACACCUUCAACCUCCAUUAAGUGCCCACCCAGCUGUCUCUUCCAUUGAAGACACUUGUGAGAGUGUACCUUUUUCUCCUCCCACUCCUCCUCUCCCUUCUCUUGAAGUGAUCAUAAGUCCUGCAACACCGAAACACAAUCAUGGUUCAACGACAUUUGUCGAUCGCCACCGAAUACCCAAUGCUGCUAGAAGCUACUCAUCAGAUCCUUUCAGUUACCGCCCUAUAAAAACCAGAUACUGUCGCUCAACAAAAAGUCUGAGUGAUGAAAUAAUUGACAACUCCACAUUGAAAUCACUCCUGGACCAAGAAGACCAGAGAGGGGAACCAAGUAGUGGCACUCAGAAAUUUUUCAGAGCCAUCAGCUUGUUUCCAAAAACCAAGAUGAAGCAAGCCUUCAAGCUCAAACAACCUAGAAAACAAAAUCCACCAGAAACAAUAGCAUUUCUUAUAAAAUCGGUAAUGGAGUCUGGAGCCAUUCUAGAUCGCGUUUCUGAAUCGGAUGAGCAUGCAGAUUUAUAUUUCGAUGACACUCCAAAACUGAAGUAUGAUGAUGGUCAUUUGCUUCCUGUUGAUGACUUUUCAUCUUCUUCUUCUGAUUCCUCCUUAUCGGAACUAGAGGAUGCUUCAGACGUUUCGUCUAUUAAUGUCAUUAGUCAAACCAGUAUGAGAUCCAAGUCCGAUGAAGAACCACUUAUAGAAUCUGGCAGUGUCAGUGACAGUUCAAGAACUAGUGACCCUUCCACCCCCCGUCUUAGACGACCCCCCACGUCCACCAAUCCUAUCGAUGGAGGAACUCCUCCCUUGUCAGAAAUGGAUUUUAUUGUGCCAGUGUCUUCUACAAGUAGCUCUCACAAUACAACCAUUUAUGAAGAAACUAUAAUUUCAAAGGAAGGUGGACUCAAACUGACAGUUACCCAGCCUUCUCUAGAUUCUGAUAUGGUUGAUGAUAAUAUCAGUUUCAAUUAUAAUGAUGAAAAUAAUGAGGACUACGAUUACGAUGUUGAGCAAACCGAUGAUGACAGCUAUUGUUUCGAUAAGCAAUCUGUGAAAUACGAUGUGUCUGAGGGGGUUCUGAUCAAGUUGGGCCAGUCUCCACCACAUGGAAGCCCAAAGUUCAUUAUGAAUUAUGAUAAAACUGACCGAACUAUCAAACUAGAUGAACAUCUACUGGCAAUUAACGAACAUUUUCGAACUACGUUUACCGACCAAGAUAUAAUUUUUCCAUCCUCUUCCAAAGAACAGGAAAAAAUGAUCCAAGUGAUCAAUUACGAAGAUGAUAGGAAAUUUUCCACUGAUUUCCAACCUUUCACAGCUUAUACUAACCUGCCUUACUCGUCCCUUGGUUCUAUUGAUGAUGAUAACAAUAGUUCUCUAGUUGUUGCUGAUGUAGGGCAAUCAAAGGAGUCGACGACAGUCUCCCAAGAGCUUGUUAAUAAAACAGUAGAAAUAAGUUUGGGAGAAGAUAAAACUUGUAAAAAUGUGAGAAGACAGGUGAGUUUAGAUAGUGACACUAUAAGCCAGACUUCUAAAACAUCAGAUUCUGAUCAGAAAUCAAAAAGUAUUCCCAAUAAUGAUAGUAACACUGUAAUAAAUCCUACUAACUCGUCUAAUCUUUUAAGUUUGUCUAACGCUUUGAGUAAACAUGUUGGCGAACCUUUUGUUAGCCCCUUAUCUAAGAGUUGCAGUGAUUCUAAACUAAUGUUGUGUGAAUUGGCAUCAAACACUAGUAGCUUGCUGACCCCUUUAGUCCCUCCCUCUAGUAAGCAAGAUGAUACGAAGCCAGCGAAGGCCCCUCAAACAGCUGCCACUUCUCACUCUCCAGCCCGUCUCACCUCUCUCUCUGCAAACAUCCAUCGAAGAUCUUCCGACUCGGAUCUCAGUAUUACUCCUAAAGGCAUCUUCAAGAAGAGAAAUAGCCUGACUGGUAGUGAUAAAUCAUCAUUAUAUGGUGGUAAUAGGGGAUUUCAUCAAGCAUUUCCCAGGGCGACCAUUUUGAAAGAACAUCUAGAAAUGUUGGAGUAUCCGUUCUUCACAAUGUCCAAGUACCCACCUGGUUUCAUCAUACAUAUUGGAGGGAUGGUCGGUGCCAGGUCAGUUAAGCUGAUAGAACGCAUGAAUAAUAUGGAGGAGCCUGUUUGCCGUGACAGCUGGUGGACUGAAAUCAGAAAAGAGGUGCGCACACAUUGCCGAGCCCUCGGAUGUAAUGUUGUGCUCAAUUACACUGAAAGCACUACCAUUUGUGAUGAUGUAUGUGUGCUGAGUGUGAGUGGAACAGCAGCUGUUAUCCAGGUGAGAGGAGAGGGUGGUGGGGGUCCUAACAGCGUGGUUUUUGCUGAUCCACUGGAACAGCCACCUUUGCUCACCUGGCACAAAAAACCUGCUCAGUCCCAGCCACCCGUUCAAGCUGCUGCCGAAAAGACAGCUGAUUCUGAACAUGAUGGCUCAGCUGCUGCGGCUAAUCGAUCAACUAGACAGAGAAAUUUGUCAGAAAAUGUUGAUAGCGAUGCUUUUCUUCCAUGCUCUAUCUGUCAUGUAGCGUUCAACCAUAAAAGUGUUUCAUUUCACAUGGAAUUGAGUAAAUGCAUUAAUUGCAAGAAGAAAAUGGUGCCGGACAUUCUAUUGGCCUCGAUUGAGCCACCAGAAGGGCUGCCGAUCGCCGGUCGUGGCUGCUUCAUUCAGGCGUUCGAAGUGAGACCGAAGGGCGCAGGUCGAGGGGAGUCCAAUGCCAAGGAAAUCUCCGAUGGAUUGCCUUUCAUGGAGUUCGAAAUUAACAAACAGUUGGUCAGCAAGUUGCGGCUCAGUGGAAUGAAUGCCAUAUUCGGAUUGAAAAUAGAAGUUUCAGUUGGAGAAAGGAUGGUAGCAGCCCACGCGACGGGCACAGCUUUCAUGGUGACAUGUCUACCUGUUCCUCGUGUUCCUUCAGUAGCUGCGGGGCAGGCAUUCCAGGGCAACUCCAAACUUGCCAAAGUACAGCAAAUGUUGCAUGAUACUGUCAAGAAGAAUCGAGACUACUAUCAGUUGAGACUACCAUCUGUCGGGAAUCAGGAAGUUGAGCAGUCUGAAACUGUAGCAGACAAAGGAGAAAAUAAUGGAGAAGGCUCAGAAUCCGAAGACUCUGAUGAGGAUGACAACGCAAAUUUAGAUCCGUUCCACGGCAACAAGGAAGCAUUUAUACUUGAGGUUGAUGACACACAUGAAGCAGAUUCCAUAUCACUACUCAUUGAUCCUCAUCCACCUGAAGGUUUUCAUGUGGUGACUAUUGAAUGUUUGCCAAAUGUUGAGAAUUUGGAAGUUGUCAGGAAUCUUCAGAUGUUCACUUUAGUGUGGAGAUCUCGUUUGCCGCUAUCUUAUUCGCAAAUGCCUUCGGCUCACUUCAAUAAGCACUUCCAUAGACUACUGCAGGGUGUUUAUUUCAAAUUGAGGCGCAUGACUCCUUGUGCCUUAGCAUCCAUGUGUUUCAAAAUCGAUCUUCCUGAACAAGAUGAACUUCAAAUCACUGCUGUUGGAAUGGCUCUUGGGCUAGCAGAAUCUGAAUCGCAUGGGAAAAAGGAGAACAAGAAGAAGACUAACACCAUUCCAAAUGAAGGUGUAGGAGAAAUGAUCUUUAGCCUUGAGGAAGACCAGAAUGAAUGUUCACCAAAACAAUCGAAGGGCUCAACGGCACCAUCACCCACCUCUGCGGCUACGACUCUACAUCCUAAUAAAACUGGCGCUCAUAGAUCUCAUUCACCCCUUAGGCCGAUUCGUAGAUCCACUCAUACACCUCCAAAAGAAAGGUAUGGAGUUGACCUGACUCCUCUUUCUUAUGUUCCUGGUGGUAGGAUUGAUAAAUACCUUGGAAAUUUGAGCUUCUACUUCAUUCGAGAGAGUACCUGUAUAAGAGAGAGUGGAGGACAAAGUGGAUUCGUUCACAGUUUCCUAGCGGAAGUAUUAGCCAUCGUGAGAGCUCAUGUGACAGCUUUGGGAGGAAACGCGAUGGUUGCUUACACCAUGUCUGACUGUACUCUCCUCAACUACCCAGCCAAAAAUCAUGCUCAAUGUCUAGUCAAUGUGAGUGGUGAUGCCGUUUUUGUGUCCUAUUUCCCGAAUGAAUGACCUUUGCUUUGACGUUUCGCACAUCUCCUGUAUCUGGGAUAAAAAUCGGGACAAUAUGUGCGUUCAUUUUUGCUAUCAAGAGUUUCACAUGCCACUCCUGCUGAUUUGAUGGAUAUCAUCUUAUUUAUGUCGACAUCGGUUUUCAUGGAUUGUUGUUUCUAGUUCUAUUAGUUAUUGUUUCUCAUUUAGUAUAUAUUUUUAUUAGUUCAUUGGCCAUAGACUUUUGUAAUAUUGUUACCAUAUUCAGAGAAUCAGUAUUCAGAUACCUGACUGGGAUUUUUCCCAAUUAUUCAUUGAUAUUAUUGAAUCAGUGUGAGUUAAAUCAGGAUUAUUGUCUAGUGAAAUUUCAAAUCUAUUAAAUAUCAGAAAUUGUUGAUACUCAAUUAGAGAUAGGGAAAAUUAUGUAUCGGUAUUCUUGAAUCAUUGUGAAUUGAAUAUGAACUGUUCUUUGUAGUAAAAUUUGAAACCUGUAAAAUAUGAGUAAUUUUGAAUACCAAACUGGAAUUUGGAUUAAUGAUUAUUUCUGAUUUCAUUAUAGAAAUCAGUUUGAAUUGAAUCCUAACUGCUUUGCCUAGUGAAAUUUGUAAUGUAUUUAAUGAGAGAAAUUGUGGAUACUUAACUGGAAUUCGAUUGUAUUAGUAAUUGCUAUUAUUGAAUGAUUGAAACUUGGGUUUAUAUAAUACCAAUAAGGUAUUAUAUAUAUAUUAUAUAUAUACCAUAUAAGGUGUUUUGUCCAGUGAUAUUUGAAAUUUGUUAAAUAAUGAAUGAAAAAGACUAAGAAAUUGUCAAAAAACCACUGAUUUAUUGAUAAUUAGAAAGACCGGUUUCGGUUAUUACACCAUUGUCAAUCUCUGAUAAACUAAAAAAAAAAAAUGUUAAAUAAGAUGAUCUGUGGAUAGCAAUUUGAAAUUUCACCUUUACAACGAAUAAUUUCGCUUUUGCAAUUCUUGUCAAUUGAGUACCUACUGUUUUAAGAUAAAUUUUGAAUAUAUUUCCAACAUUUUUACAAAAAAAA